CAACAGCGCUUUUAUUAUUCUUUUAUUUGCGUCUCAGCUGUUUUGAAAAGUAACCGUCAAUUUUUCCCAAACAUAUAUUUUAUUCAUGUCUUCUCACUCUUCUGAUAUACCUUUGUUGUUGUUUUUUAUUUACGAUUUUGAAAAAUCGAAAUCUGAAUCGGACGACCCUCUAGAAUCCAUUCUCUAUUUUCAUCCUAACAGUGAACCAGGUAACAUUGAAAGAAGAAUCAGUGUUGUGGGGCAGAUUGUGGGCACAGCACUUUGUGUUAAGCAAUUACUGUCAAUACCUAAGCUAAUUACUCUAGAGAGAGGAAAGUUUGCUUUGAGCUGGAGUGGACGGUUCAUCCUGGUUGUUGGAUCUCCCCAGUCUGUUUCCACACAUAUUAUCCAUAAUCAAAGAGACUUCAUUCACCGUUUGUUAAGUGCAAAAUUUGGAGAAUUAUCAGACUACUUUGAAGCAUCAACAGGAGUAACCUAUGAAGAUUUCCGGGAACACAUCCAGCAUUUCUGUGAUUCACAGCUAUUGACAAUAAGUAAGAAGUGGGCAGAAUUAGCUAGCCAGCCAAUUUUAUAAUCAUUUUUUAAAAUGCGAAAACCACCAUAUUUAUCAAAUAAGAAGUGGAACAAAAAGUUUCAAAAGAAUGUGAAAAAAUUUCAAAAUCUUGUGCAUCCAUCAAAUGAAGACAGAAUCAAGAAACCUUCUGGUCUACUAGUUGAUCAUUUGAUUUCAGGAACCACCCUACUUAAAAAAUGUACAGUUUUCUUAAGCCUUUUGAGCUUUGUGAAGGAGGCUUUCAGUUAUGUUUUUGUGAAAUUCAUUCAAAUCAUCAAUGAUUGCAGAGCUCAAGAAAUUACUAUAGUGAAAGAUCUAGAAGUGAGACUUGAAAAAUUAGAAAAAAAACUUAAAGAAAAUGUUGAAGAAAUUCAGUCCCUUCGGCUGCAAGUUGCCGAACACACGGAAAGACUAGAAAAACUUAACAAUGAAGAAAAGACGACAAAUAUGGGGUUUCUUUUAGAUAAAUCGAAGCUUCAAUUGGCAGACAUCCCUACUUCUUCCAUACAAUUACCAGUUUUUCCACCUGCUCCAGUUCCCUUUUCUACUAGUCUUGCUCCUCCACCUCCUCCUCCACCACCACCACCAUUUGGGGCAUUGGGUGUAAAAAACCAACUAGUUUUAAAGAACACUUCUGCUGUAAGGAAACCGUCUCAGAAACCGCAAACGAUGAGACCUGCCAUAAGUCUUGAAGAUAUCAUCAGCGUAAAAUUGAAAAAAACUCCAUUUGCUCAACGGAAUGAAAGGCUAACAAAGUUGACACCCUCGAACGAGUUACACCGAAUAUCACUUGAAGCUCUCCGAUCAGUAAAACUGAAGAAAACCCCUGCGUUGUUGAAAGAAACUAGUCCCGUUAAGUCAAAAUCACCAAAAGGUAAAAUACGUCAUGUUCUUCGACGUCUUCCCAUAACUUUAAGUCCUGGAGGAACUCCAAAAGGAGGACGAUCAAAUGUGAUAUAUGAUCAAGAUGACAUGACCCCAGUCAUGACACGCGCUUUGCUUAAGCGUUUUGAUGCAUUUCAAAUGAGCCCAGAUUCUGAAGAGAAUAAGGAAAACGAUGUUCAAUUCAUGUAAUUGAUAAAGUGAAUCCUCUCUUUUUUCCCACCGUCAGUGCAAUUGAAAUUAUACCUUAGUAUAACUUCUCAUUGCCUAUUAUCCUCGCGUAUUAUUGCGUAGUUAGCUACGCAGGCCAGUCCCUUCUAAAAUGUACACGCCUUAUAAUUGCGUUAAAAUUUAUAUGACCAUCCAUAAUUUUAUGCCAAACAUUUAUUCAAUUGAGUUUGAGGAAUAAAUUCCGUACAUUGUU